AUGCCUCUGAAUGCAGGAGACGCAGAGUAUGGCAGCAUGUCCGGAAAUGGGCUCGCGGGCAAUGUGGACUCUUCUGAGACGGCCCCGCUGCUCAUGCCGGAGCCGGAUCGGGAGCCGGUUCAGCCGUGGGCGCCCUUGAGCAAAGGGGAGCUGCAGGCCGUCGCGGGCGGUCCGGGCUGGAGGAAGGCACGCUGCUACUUGGUGUUGCUGUUCUGGCUCUCCUGGCUGGCGAUUCUCUCCACUGCCGUCGCCAUCAUUAUUUACAGCCCGCGGCCGGUUGUGCCGCAGUUGCAGUGGUGGCAGAGGGCGCCCUUCUUCCAGGUAGAACCGCAGCUGCUGCUCCAGGCCGACAGGUUACAGCUAAACUUCAGCGUGUUGAUGGAGCAGCUUCCGUACCUCAAGUCUUUGGGUUUAGGAGCUCUGAUCCUGCAGGGUCUGUUUGGUAAGGAGAUGUCUCCUUUGAACCUCAAUGAAUUCAGUAAAAACGUGGGUAUGCUGACUCAGAUCCAACAUCUUCUCACAGCGAGCAACAAAGCAAAUCUCAAAGUGGUUUUGGACUUCUGUGACCUGGAUCUGUUGGGAUCUCCGCAUGGCGAAGAAGUUUCAGACCCACAAUUGAACAUUUCAGUUACCAUGCAGCAUGCAGUUCGCUUCUGGAUGGAGGAAGGUGUGGCAGGGUUUGUAAUCUGUGACACAGAUGAAGCAUAUUCAGAGAAGACUCUGCUGGAGUGGAGAAGUGUUUUGAAGGAGUUCAGUAGUGUAGAAGAGGAAAGGAUUGUGGUGGUCAGACAGACAAGAGAGUUUCUUCCUCUUCUAAUCAACUCGGACAAUGUCACGCUGGUGGAUAUGGUCAUGAGGUCCAUUCUGCCACAUUCAGACCACGCCCUGUCCGCUGGACAGGUGGCUGAGGCCAUUGAGAACCAUCUGCAAACUCAAGACCAAACUACAUGGCUCAGCUGGACAGUUGGAGGUAAAGCGUCUUAUAACUUGAAGAAGUUACUCCUGGUGUUGACAAUGACUCUGCCUGGAUCGCCUACUGUCCAGUGGGAUGAAGAAAUCCACCAAGCUCAGGCAACACUUCCUGUAAGACUCCUCAUGUUCAAACCUCUCAUGCACGUCUUUACCGGUCUUCCUCAGGACAAAGAUGCCAAACAUUCAGCUGUCGCCCUUCUCACCACCCUGAGCCACGCCAAAGCCAGAGAAGAGGCUCUGCUGUAUGGGAGCUUUACUUUCCUCCCCUUCAAUACCUCGUCCUUCUCUGGCUCCCUGAACUCCACUUCUUCAUCUCCCCCCAUCCUGGCCUUCCUGCGCUCCUGGGGCUGCGUUCACGUUCUGAUCGUGCUAAACGUGGGACCUGAACCUCAUGCCCUGGAUCCCGCUUGGGCUCCGAGCCUGCCUGAAGCCGGUGUGUUUUUGUCCAGCACAGGGAUGGACCGACUGGGGUCAACUUCCCUGUACACACUCAAAGUGCAGCCCUACGAAGCAGUCGUCAUCAAACUGUUUCAGGGAGGAAGCUACUCAUAGUCUCUUUGUACUGAAG